AUGUCCGCCUCUAUCUGCCAGCUGCCAUACCCUGAGAGGUUCUCGGAAGCCUCUGCCUUCGUCGCCGCCCAUGGGGACAAUCUGACGGAGGAGAGCAAGCUGCUGCUGUACUCGCUCCACCAGCAAGCAACGGUGGGGCCGUGCAACGAGCCCAAGCCCUGGGGUUGGUCCGUUGUGAACAAUGCCAAGUGGCAGUCGUGGAAGCAGCUAGGGGACAUGCCCGCAGUUGAGGCUAUGCGCCUCUAUGUGCGCACACUAGAGGAGGAGGUGCCGGACUGGUGGGCCCAGCACCAGGCAUCCGGCGUGGGCGCCCCCACCGCCAACGGCACCGCAGAGGGCGCGCCGGCGGCGGCGGCGGGCGAGGCGCCGCCCGCGGCGCCGCCCGCGCCGGCGGCCGCCGGCGGCGGCCGCCCCGCGCCCAAGAGCCGGUCGGUGACCGAGGUGGUGGUGGAGGGCAGCUGGGUGUCGCCGUACAUCAGCGACAGGCGGCCGCCGCCGCGGUACGAGCACGCCACCGCCCUCAUCGGCAGCGAGCUGUUCAUCGUGGGCGGCAACUACGGCGGGAGAUACCUGAACGACACCUGGGCCCUUAACCUGGAAAACCUGACCUGGAAGUCGUAUGCCUGGCCCGGCAGCAAGGCGGGGGCCGCCUCCGGCGCCGCUGAGGGCGCGCCGCCGCAGCCCGCGGCGCUGCCGGCCAUCGCGGGCCACGUGGCGGUGGCCUGGCAGGGCAACGUGGUGAUUGUGGGGGGACACAUGAAGGCCAAGGAGGCGAGCCCCGAGAUGCCGGUGAGGCUGCUAGACACCCAGGCCGGCACCUGGAGCGCCAUCCAGUGCACCGCGGCAGACGAGGAGGAGGAGCUGCCCAGGCCGCGCGGUGGCCACUCGGCAGCAGCAGGCAGCAGCCGCGGCGGCAGCAGCAGCAGCAGCAGGCAGCAGCAGCGGCGGCAGCGGCUGCUGCUGACUGUGCUGCUGCUGACUGGCGUGCUGGUGGGCAGCAAGCUGUACAUAUUUGGCGGGGAGGAUGUGAUGAGGAGGCCGCUGGGAGAUCUGCUGUGCCUGGAUCUGGCCACCUGGCAGUGGAGCGUGCCGGAGACCACGGGCACGCCCCCGGGCCCCCGCUCCGCCCACGCUGCCGCCCUGUACCGCGGCCGCUACAUGCUGGUGUUUGGCGGCGGCAGCGUGGCCCACUGCAACAACGAGCUGCACUGCCUCGACCUGGAAACCUUGGAGUGGGGGGUGCCCGAGGCCGAGGGGCCAGUGCCGCCACCCCGCGCAGGCCAUGCGGGCGCCAUCCUGGGAGACGUGUGGUUCCUGGUGGGCGGCGGCAACAACACCUCGGGAUGCGCAGACAUGUACGCUCUCGACCUGUCGCCCCUGGCCACAGGGCCUGUGCAGUGGACGCUGGUGGGCAACACGCCCGUGGAGUCGGCCAUCGCCAGCGAGGGCCUGAGCCUGCUGCCGGUGCCCAUGGCGGGCUGCAUGAUCUCGUUCGGCGGGUACAACGGGCGGUACCAUAAUGCGGUACACGUGUACCGCCCGGAGGGCUACCUCACUGGAGGCGCGCCCGCCGCGGCGCCGCCCGCGCCCCAGCAGCCCGCCGCCGCGGCGCCGCCCAAGGCCGCGGCGCAGCCCGCGGCAGCGGCCGCUGCAGCGGCCGCGGCGGCUGCAGCCAGCGGCGCCGCGGAGCAGGAACGUGCGUGGGCGGAGGUGGAGGCGGCGCGCAGGGAGGCGGCGGCCGCCAAGGAGGCGGUAUCCCAUGAGAUGGCAAUCAUGCGGCGCCAGCUGGAGUCAGCGCAGGCCACGGCCGCCGACGCAGACAGGAGCCUGGAGGAGGUGCGUGCGGCGUUGGAGGCUGAGCAGGGCAAGAGCAUGCGGCUGGAGGUGGAGCUUGCGGAGGCACGGCAGCAGCUGGGGCGCAUGGAGGAGCUGGAGCGGGAGCUGCAGAAGUACAGGAUGACCUCCCAAGAGAAGAAAGGGUCGGGCAUCUGGGGCUACAUCUCCGGCCAGUGA